AUGGCCGUCAACGAUUAUAAAAGCGAAUUAACGCCUGCCAUGGAUAUCUUUUCAGUUGGAUGUGUUAUUGCUGAGUUGUUCUUGGAAGGUACGCCCUUAUUUACUUUAUCUCAACUAUUCAAGUAUAGAAGUGGAGAAUACAAUCCAGACACCAGCUUGGAGAAAAUUGAGGAUAAAAACAUUCGGGAUAUGGUGAAACACAUGAUCCAAAUUGAUCCAACAUCUCGAGUGACCGCAGACGAAUAUUUAGCAGAAUGGCACGGAAAAUCCUUUCCUCACUACUUUUACUCGUUCUUGUACCAACAUAUGAGCACCAUGAUUGAUAAAAUUGAUCAUCAACAUCCACAGGCUGAAUCUACCAUCAUGUCAGCCUUAUCAUCAGCUUAUCCAAGUGUCAACAGCAAAAAUUCAACCAAUGCAGAUGAAAAGAUUGAUCGUGUUUUUUACGAUUUUGAAAAAAUCAUGUAUUAUAUCUCUUUCCCUUGCGAUGAUCUUUCCAACGAUGGUGAAAAACGUAGAGCUCGAACAGAAUUGUCAAAUACAACUACAGCUUCAUCGAUAUUACUUCCACCCACAUCCAAUAUACCUAAUUUCUCUUCUAGUACUGAGAAUCCUCCCAUAUCUUAUAAGCCUGGCGAGGAGGGUUCUUUAAUCCUUUUGUCAUUUAUCUGCUCAAUGAUAAGAAAUACACUGUAUCCCAGUUCCAAACUAAAAGCGUUAGAUAUAUUACUCGCUUUAGCUGAACGUCUUCCCGAUGAUGUCAAACUGGAUCGCCUAGUACCUUAUCUGAUUGUACUCUUAACAGACGAAGCCUCUCUUGUUCGAGCCAACGCGAUCAAGACACUGACACAAGUGUUGUGUAUGGUAGAAUCAAUUUCGCCUAUUAACGCCCGUAUUUUCCCUGAAUACAUUAUACCCAGCAUUCGUCCAUUUUCAACUGACCCCGAUGUUCUUGUACGAUCCACGUAUGCCAGUUGUAUUGCCUUGUUAGCCGAAACCGCGCUUCGAUUUUUAGAAAUGACGCAAUUAUUAAAAACAGAUACGGUAUAUCCUGUAGCAGACACAGACACGGAAGAUCUCGAUUUUGAGUCUGCUUAUGAUUCUUCGCUUCAAGAUCUUCAUGCUGUGAUUCAGGAACAGGCCACUAUCUUAUUGAUCGAUAGUGAAAGUUCUGUUAAGAGAGCUUUGCUCACGAACAUUACUUGUCUUUGCGUUUUCUUUGGAAGACAAAAGGCCAAUGACGUUUUACUUAGUCAUAUGAUCACCUAUCUCAAUGAUAAAGAUUGGAUGCUCCGGAGUGCCUUUUUCGAAAGUAUCAAGGGAGUGGGUACCUUUGUAGGUGCAAGAAGUCUUGAGGAAUACAUUCUACCCCUCAUGAUACAAGCAUUGACAGAUGCCGAGGAAUUCGUGGUGGAAAAAGUAUUGAAUUCACUCACCAGUUUAGCAGACCUUGGAUUAUUUCAAAAGAUGAAACUAUGGGAACUCGUCGGUAUUGUUUGGCCGCUUCUUUGUCACCCCAAUGAAUGGAUUCGAAAUGGUGCUGUGGGCUUUAUUUCUUCUACUGCCAAACAUCUACCCAAGACAGAUGUGUGGUGUAUCGUCUAUCCUUUAAUCCGCCCUUUUCUCAGGUCGGAUAUUGCAGAUAUCAAUGAAGAGUCAUUGCUCCAAAACAUGGAAACACCCAUUCCUCGUCAAGUAUACGAGCAGUCCAUUAUUUGGGCUACAAAAGCUACUCCUCGAUCCAACUUUUGGAAGACACAAAUAACAAAACCUACAAAGCAGGCCGCUUCCACAUCCAAAGACGAACUUCAUUUGGAACGUUUAAGAGCAUUUGGUAUGUCUGUAGAAGAUGAAGAGAAGUUACGAUAUAUGCGGGAGUAUAUUUUUAAAGUGUCUAAAACAAAGAUAAGUCGACCCAAAACUGCAGAUGAUUUCAAUAUGGAGCGUGGAGAAAUCCUUCUCAAAAACCUCAAUGUCACUCCCAUGACAGUCUUCUUACCAGAUCUAUCACAAAAACUACGCUCCAUGAAAUCAAAGACAGCAAGCACACAAACAUCCGUGAUACCAAGAUCCAUUGUCCAGUCUCGUUCUCGAGACGAUCUCUGUAAAAUAAGUCGAGUGGCGAAUCAACCUCAUAUACAAGCACUUGCCACCAGUAGUAUCACGGCCAACAAAGAAAACCAUAAUCAUCAUGAACGUUCCUCCUCGAUCCCCAUUAUCAAAACAGGUAAUCGUGCUAUCAACUCUCCUAUUCCAAGUCCGUCGGAUUAUACCUAUGGAUCUAGUAUACCUCGCAGUUUGGAGCGACCCAAGAGUAAAGCAAAAAAAAAAAAAAAAAUUGGAUAUGCUCAUUUACAAAAACUCUUGUACAAGAUUGCUAUGGAAGCAUUUCCUCCUCAUAUCCCAGAAUUUUCUGCAGAUCCAUUAGUGAUGAAGCGUAUUCGAAGACUCACACAGGGAACACCCAUAGCGAAAAACAUCAAUAGUUGGAAACCCGAGGGAACACUUGUAGCUCAUUUCACCGAACAUACAGCCACUGUCAACCAAUUGGCCAUCUCUUGGGAUAAUCUCUUGUUUGCUUCCUGUUCAGAUGAUGGUACAGUCCGUAUCUGGGAUUGCUCUCGUUUUGAAAAGAAUGUCACCAAUCGUUCUCGUGCCACUUACAGUCAACAGGGAGGUCGUAUCAAAUGCUUGACUUUUAUUCAACAGACCUAUAGUAUUGCUGCUGCUUCAGAUAAUGGUAGCAUCCAUGUCUUCCGGUACGUUCAUUCUUCCCAAACACAAUUUUCUAUUCAGACACUCCCCCCCCCCCCUUAA